AUGGCGACCUCAAGGGCUCUCCCAAAGAUAGCAAGCAGGUUUCGAAACCGCGAUGGUAUACAUAUCAGAGCCAAGAAUGAGGAUGUUAAGAAAUCUCUAGAAAGUCGCAUUAGCAAAUUACCGACAUUCGUCAUGGAAGACCACGACUUACGGAGUGAGAUCAUCACAACGAUAGCUCAUAGAACCGAUGGCAUGCUCGUGUUUCUGCUUGCCAGGUUGCACCCAGACUCUUUGGCCGACGAGGUUACGGCCGGAGAUAGUAAGCAAGCCUUGGAUAGCCUGCCCAGAGAGAUAGAUGCGACAUAUAAGAUGACUCUAAGCAGGAUCGAGAGUCAUCAAGGUAGAGGUAGCUACCUCAAGCUAGCCAGAAGGGUUCUCGGCUGGCUCGUAUAUGCAAAAAAGGUCCUUACCAAGGAUGAGCUCCGAUAUGCCGUUGUCGUUGAAUUGGGUACACGGAAGCUGAAUAAAGCAUUUAUUCCUAGUAUCGACAUGGUAUGCUCUGUGUGCGCAGGCCUGGUGACGUUAGAUGCAGAAAGAAACUUGAUUCGCCUGGCGCAUGACACCACGCAACAGUACUUUGAGGGCGCGGGAAGGAACUGGCUCCAGAUUUCCGAGCUUGACAUCGCCGAGGCUUGCAUCACAUGGCUUUUAUUUGAUGUCUUUGCAAGCGGAAAUAUGGAUGAUUUUGAAGGGCUAUGCCAAAUACACCCUUUGUACUCCUAUGCUUGCGACUAUUGGGGGCAUCAUGCUCGUUCCGCACCACAUCUACGUAAAGACGAAGAGGCUGUUGAGCUAGUUCUAGGAUUCUUAAGAAACAGCAACAACGUUUGCAAGGAAAUUACCAAGCUGCGAGACGAGCUCCCAUUCAAGGGUUCUUGCAGAUUGAGCGCUUUCGAGUUGGAUAGGGAUCGUCGCACGCCCGCGCAUUAUGCUGCGGCCAAAGGGCACACAAAGACAAUUCGGUUAUUGCUCGAGAAUGGCGCGAACAAAAAUGCCCAGGACUGCCGUGGUCAGGCCUUACAGUACGCCAUUGAGGGUGAGCAUGAGGCAGGUGUUGAGCUGUUGGUUUCCUCCGGUGCUAGUAUCGAAACCAGGGAUUCGGAAACGACAUUGGUGAUAGCCACCAAAUGCCUACCGAUUUUGCAACUACCUCUGAAGCGUGGUGCCAAUAUUGAUGAGCGAAAUGAGCUUGGUCAGACACCACUUAUGGUCACCAUAGAUAAUAUGCGCCCCGAAAGUGCCCGACACCUGGUUGCGAGUGGUGCCAAUGUCAACCUCGCGGGCGACUUUGGCCUGCCGCCAUUAUGGAUAGCUCUAAGAGACAGCGAUAGCGAAACGAUAUUAUCAUUGGCGGCAAGGUGUGGAGUGACCUCCAUGGUAGAGUUGUUGUUGAAAAGAGGAGCCCGUGUAAACAACUCCGGGGGGGUUUCCACGCCACUACAUGAGGCGGUUCAUGUGGGCCACGUGGAGGUGACAGAGCUUCUUCUAGACAAUGGCGCCGAGCUUGACGUCGAGGAUAAAAACGGGCGUACGCCACUAAGCAUCGCGGCUGCCAAAGGCAAAACGACACUUCUACAACUGCUGCUAAGGCGUGGUGCUGGCGUAAACUUCAAGGCAAAAUGCAACGGGCUGGCGCCUCUUCACAGGGCUGCUGAAAAGGGGAAUGUGACCACCACAGAACUCCUUUGUGCUCGGGGGGGUGAUAUCAAUAUACGAGAUGAGCUGGGACAGACGUCACUACACAAGGCUGUUGAGUAUGAGAAGAAUACUGUCGUGAAGCUCCUGUGUGCUCGCGGAGCUGACGUCAAUAUACGAGAUAGCGCGGGACAGACGCCACUACACAAGGUUGCUUGGUUCCCGUCUAAUCGACAGACGGAUAUUGCAAAACUAUUGAUAGCUAGUGGAUCUCAUACUCAUGAGGGAAGAACACCGCUAUUCCUAGCGACUUCCGGGGGAAACUCGGAUAUUGCACAGUUGCUACUCUCCCGCGGGGCUGAUGGUAAUGCAAUAGACAAGGACUGA